AUGGCCGAUUCCAGCGCUCCCGAACCCCCCACCGAGCAGGUCAAGGACCUCAAGGUCGAAGAGCAGAGCGCCAAGCUUUUGCUCGACGAUGUCACCGGCGAGAUGGUCUCUAAGACCGAGUUGAAGAAGCGUCAGAAGGCUCGCCAGAGGGAUGCUGAGAAGGCUAAGAAGGCCGCUGCCGCCCCUCCCAAGCCCGCCGCUAAGAAGGGCAACGCUGAGGCCGACGAGAAGAACCUGGACCCCAGCCAAUACUUUGAGAACCGUUCUCGUGCCAUCAACAAGCUGCGCGAGACCAAGUCUCCUAACCCCUACCCCCACAAGUUCCACACCGACUACGACCUGCGCAGCUUCGUCAAGGACUUCGGCCAUCUCAAGUCCGGUGAGCAUGACAAGUCCAAGGUCAUCCGUGUCGGUGCUCGUAUCUACAACAAGCGUGCCUCUGGCAACAAGCUCUUCUUCUAUGAUGUCCGCGCUGAGGGCGUCAAGGUCCAGGUCAUGGCCCAGGCUCAGGAGGUUGCCGAGGGCACUCCGUCGUUCGAGGACCAGCACCUGCACCUCCGCAGAGGCAAGACAGCCCCCAAGUCCAAGAUUGAGAAGGGCGAGGAGGGUGAGCUCUCCAUCUUUGCGACGGAGUUUGUUCUCCUCACUCCUUGCUUGCACACCCUUCCCGACGAGUACUACGGCUUCAAGGAUCACGAGGAGCGCCACCGCAAGCGCUACCUCGAUCUCAUCAUGAACGAGAAGAGCCGUCAGACACUCAUCGCCAGAUCCAAGCUGGUUACCUACAUCAGACGAUACUUCGAUGACAGAGACUUCAUCGAAGUCGAGACUCCUAUGAUGGGUCCCAUCGCCGGUGGUGCCACUGCCAAGCCCUUCGUCACUCACCACAACGACCUUGACAUGCAAAUGUUCAUGAGAAUAGCUCCUGAGCUCUACCUGAAGGAGCUUGUCGUCGGUGGUCUGCACCGUGUCUACGAGCUCGGCCGUCAGUUCAGAAACGAGGGUGUCGAUCUUACCCACAACCCCGAGUUCACCACCUGCGAAUUCUACCAGGCGUUCGCCGACGUCUACGACCUCAUGGACCUGACCGAGGACCUUGUCAGCGGCCUCGUCAAGCACGUCACCGGCGGCUACAAGACCAAGUUCCACACCCAGCACGGUGAGGUUUAUGAGGUCAACUGGGAGAAGCCCUGGAAGCGCUUUGAGAUGAUCCCCGAGCUUGAGAAGGCCACCGGCGAGACGUUCCCUCCCGCUGAUCAGCUGCACACUGCUGAGACCAACGAGUUCCUCCAGAAGGUUCUCAAGAAGAUGAAGAUCGAGUGCUCGCCGCCCCUGACCAACGCCCGUAUGAUUGACAAGCUGGUCGGAGAGUACAUUGAGGAGCAGUGCGUCAACCCCAGCUUCAUCUUUGGCCACCCGCAGGUCAUGUCGCCCCUCGCCAAGUACCACAGAGAUAUCCCCGGUCUUUGCGAGCGCUUUGAGGCCUUUGUUUGCAAGAAGGAGAUUGUCAACGCCUACACCGAGUUGAACGACCCCUUCGACCAGAGACUCCGCUUCGAGGAGCAGGCCCGCCAGAAGGACCAGGGUGACGACGAGGCUCAGAUGAUUGACGAGAACUUCUGCAUGUCUCUCGAGUACGGUCUGCCUCCUACCGGAGGAUGGGGUAUGGGUAUUGACAGAAUGGUCAUGUUCUUGACGGACAACUACAGCAUUCACGAGGUUCUUGCCUUCCCCUUCAUGAAGGAGGAGAAGCAGGCGGAGAAGAAGGCUUCCGCCGCUGAGGUCGUUGGCGUCAAGCCCGUCCCCGAGGAGGGUAUUCCCCACAAAUAG